AUGUAUUUCACUCUCGCCGUCGUUUUGUUGACUGUCUUCAGUUCUGCCUACAGCUCUGGUAAAGACUCAUAUGGAUAUGGUAGCGGGUAUGGCUCUGGGUAUGGAUCCGGAGUUGGGUCUGCAGUCCUUCUAGGAGGUGGCGGUGGGGGAUAUGGUGGUUACGGUCUUGGAUCCGGUGUCGGAUCUGUAGCUGUUCUAGGAGGUUUAUCCGGUGCUGGAUAUGGACCAGUAGGUAAAGGCGGAUACGGACCAGCACCAGUUGUUGUCAGUGGUGGAUACGGCUCUGGGUAUGGAUCUGGGUAUGGAUCCGGAGUUGGAUCUGCAGUACUUCUAGGAGGUGGCGGUAGUGGAUAUGGUGGUUACGGACUCGGAUCCGGUGUCGGAUCUGUAGCUGUUCUCGGAGGUGUAUCCGGCGCUGGAUAUGGACCAGUAGGUAAAGGCGGAUACGGACCAGCACCAGUUGUUGUCAGUGGUGGAUACGGCUCUGGGUAUGGCUCUGGGUUUGGAUCCGGAGUUGGAUCUGGAUUACUCCUAGGAGCUGUUGGAGGUGGAUAUGGUGGUUAUGGACUCGGAUCCGGUGUCGGAUCUGUAGCUGUUCUAGGAGGUGUAUCCGGUGCUGGGUAUGGACCAGUAGGUAAAGGCGGAUACGGACCAGCACCAGUUGUUGUCAGUGGUGGAUACGGUUCUGGAUAUGGCUCUGGUUAUGGAUCCGGACUUGGUUCAGCCGUCCUUCUAGGAGGUGGCGGAGCCGGAUACGGCCAAGUUUCAGUUGGAGCUGUUGGUGUCGGAGGUGGUUAUGGUAACGGAAAAGGAUCAAAAUACUAG